AUGUCUUCCUCCUUCAAGCAACCCUUUCUCUCACAAGACGAGGAAAAAACGAACGCGGAAACAAAAACCAACCACCAAGAACUCUACCAGCAUUACGCCAACUCGGUCUCCUCCUCGCCAAGCGCGGAAGGCCUGUCCCACCUCAUACUCCACCGCCACCACCAAGGAUGGCAUGGCAGCCGAAUGUGCAUAGCCGGUGCCAUGGCCGCGGAUGCGUGCUUCACCGCGCGCCCCUCGGACAUCGUCGUCGCCACCCUGCCCAAGUCCGGCACCACGUGGAUCAAGUCGCUUCUGUACGCCACCGUGCACCGCCGAAAAUAUCCUGCUGAUGCCGCCGACCACCCUUUCAACUCCUUCGGCCCCCACGAAUGCGUCAAGUUCUUGGAGUACCAAAUCUACACCGGCAAGGAGACCAAAGACAACCUCGACGAGCUCCCGGACCCAAGGCUCCUUGCCACGCACGUCCCGUUCGUGGCGCUACCGGCUGCCGUGGUCGCGUCGGGAUGCUAGAUCGUGUACAUGUGCCGCGACCCCAAGGACACCAUGGUCUCGCUCUGGCACUUUGCGAACAAGCUCAGGGCCAGCGAAGGCCUCGAGCCUCUCCCGGUGGAGACCGCCGCCGGGUUGUACUGCUACGGCAUGUCGGCGUUAGGGCCCUACUGGGACCACGUCCUCGGGUACUGGCGCGCUCACCUGGCGCGUCCCGAGCAGGUGCUCUUCUUCAAGUACGAGGAGGUCUGGAGGGACCCUCCGGCGCACGUCCGGAGGCUGGCCGCGUUCGUGGGCCUCCCGUUCGACGUCGAGGAGGAGGAGAACGGCGCGAUGGACGCCAUCGUGAGGCUGUGCUCGUUCGAGCACAUGCGCGGGCUGGAGGUGGCCAAGAGCGGCAAGACGGAGUUUGUGGUUGGCGCGGUGGAGAACAGGUCGUUCUUCCGGCCCGGAGGGGUCGGGGACUGAGCGAACCAUUUGUCGCCGGAGGCAGCGCGGCGCAUCGACGCUAUUACUGAGGCCAGGUUCAAGGGUUCCGGUCUCAGUGUUUAG